AUGCUCAUUCUGUCCUUGUGUCGGAGGACAUCUCCUCCCCACAGGAUAUUGGCGCAGACUUUGGAGCAUGGUGUGGCAUUCAAGUCCAUAGCGCUCGGCCGACGCACUGUCCAUGGCCGAGUUGUACCACAGCAAGAUGCUCAAGUACAAAACAUCCGCAAUAUUGGUAUAAUUGCUCAUGUCGAUGCCGGGAAAACAACAACCACAGAGCGCAUGCUCUAUUACAGCGAUGUUGAUGCUGGAAACACUGUGACUGACUUUCUGGAAUUGGAGAGGGAGCGAGGUAUCACGAUCCAGUCAGCCGCCAUCACCUUCACUUGGCCGAAAGCUGAGAAUUGCGCUCCUGGCACGCAUCCCAAGACGGUCAACUUGAUCGACACCCCUGGCCACCAGGAUUUUAGGUUCGAAGUCGAUCGAUGUCUUCCCAUUCUUGAUGGUGCCGUCUGCAUCAUUGAUUCGGUCAAGGGUGUCGAAGCCCACACAGAACGGGUCUGGGGCUCAGCGCAAGAAUUCAGGAUCCCUCGCCUUGUAUAUUGCAACAAGCUGGACCGUGAAGGCGCAUCUUUGAAAAAGGCAGUGUUGGAAAUCGGUACCAGGCUAAAGGGCUGGCCUCUCGUGUGCCAAGUCCCGUGGUGGGAAAAGGAAAUGUUCGUCGGCGUGAUAGACAUCAUCAGUGGCAUCGGCUACAGAUGGAAGUCGGAACGCGAGAAGACUCAAUACGGACCAGACGACUUGAAGGAGAAGCUUUCUACUUCAAAUCCGGAACUAUUAGCUGAAAUCCAGCUAGCCAGGCAACGUCUAAUCGAAGGUCUUGCUGAUUUCGACGAUGCGAUCAUGGACGAGUUCCUUGCUGAAAACCUCGACAUUCCGAAUUCAAUGCUGAAGCAGGCCAUCCGGCGUGCCAUUCGAAACGGGGACGGACGGGUCAUUCCGGUCUUCGCCGGCUCUAGCUUCCGCCACAUCGGUGUCGAGCCCUUGAUGGACGCCAUUACCGAUUACUUGCCAAGUCCAGCGGAACGACCAGAUGCAGAAGUGCGAGCCGGGUCUUGCACACAGGGGCUUUACAGUCUUUUGGAUAGCAAGGGCAAAAAGGCGGGGGCAAAUAUUGCCUCUGUAGCGUCCAUCUUCAAGGUCGUCAGUCAUCCAAAGGAAGGCGUCAUCAGCUUCGUCCGAGUCUACCACGGCACCUUGACUCGUAAUGCUGGGAGUUUCAAUACCAGCCUCAACACCCAGGAGCGUCCCAUGGGGAUCCUUCAGAUAUCAGCAUCCAAAACACAGGAUGUGCAGGAGCUCACAGUCGGGCAAAUCGGCGCCCUGCGAGGCCUCAAGAAAUCUCGAACUGGAGAUACGUUGGUUACUACUGUGGGCGGCAAACCAGUUCCAGAGCAUCUUCGCCGUUUGCAGAUUCGACCUCCUGAAAUUCCACCCCCGGUAGCAUUUCUACAGGUGGAACCAUACGGCAACGUCGCCGCCCAGGAGCUACAGACGGUGCUAGAAAAUGCGUCCAGAGAGGAUCCAAGCCUUAGAUGGAGCCGAGACCCAAAGACGGAUCAGUUCACAAUCCAGGGAAUGGGAAAGCUUCACCUGGAUGUGUCUCUUUACAACAUGAGGCAGAAGCAUAAGAUCGACGCCGAGUUUGGUCAAAUCGAGGUUGAUUACAAGGAAAACGUGACUCAACCUACCAGGCCAAUGUACACGGUCUUUGAUAGACCAGUCGCCAGCAAACAGGGUAAAGCUGCCUGUACUGUGAUAUUACAGCCCAUUGACGCAGAUAACCGAAAUACGCUGCUGGAGUCCGGUAUUGGGAUAGACGGCAAUAUUUAUGAGAUUGAAGUUGCCCAGUCCCAGGAGUCAUGUGCCUUGCCAUUUGACGUGGAGGAGGCUCGACAUCAGCUUCUCAACGGAGCCAUUGCUGGGUUGGCGCGAGGUCCUCGCAGGGCUUCACCACUCCACAGCUGCCAUGUCAAAGUCAGUCUUGACACCGUUGACGGCUCGUUCGAGACGCCUACAGGUGGACACUUCAGCAGCGUGGCCAGAACGGCGGUGCAAAAUGCGCUCCGAGACGCCUUCGACAAGCAGCAGAUCGGGGUGCUGGAGCCCAUCAUGCUGACACACAUUACUUGUCCAGAAGCGACGGCUGGGAUCGUGCAGCAUGACCUUGCUGCAGGCGCCGGCGGUCAAGUCCUUGAAGUCAAGGACAGGUCUGCUGAAUCCGUGGGCGACGACUUGAUUGACGUGUCCAAGAUUUACGCGCCACCCGAUCCUUACGACUCGGUCAUGACAUCUUUGAGGGGCAAGAAGACGACGGACAGGAUGGUCGAGAUUGUAGCCAAGGUACCAUACAAGGAAAUGCUGGACUAUGACGACCGCCUGCGGAGCAAGACGGCUGGGCGGCACUCCAUGACCAUGUCUUUCGACUCGUUUGCAAGGGUGGUUGGACACAGGGAAAAGUUGUUGUGA